AUGGCAAGUCAUGAUGAAACAAUAAUGUUUCGUGAUCGAGUUGAUGCUGGUCGUCGAUUAGCAGCUCACAGUGAAUUACAAAACGUGAAAUCAUUAUCACCCAAUGAAAAAGAUUCACAUCUUGUUAUUAGUUUACCACGUGGUGGUACAGUUGUCGGCGAUGAAGUUGCUAAACUAUUGGGAAUAACUCAUGAUUUAGUAUUUCCAAGAAAAAUUCCAUGUCCAGGACAGGAAGAAUUUGCUAUUGGUGCUGUAUCAGAAUUUGGCAAUGUUUUUUGGAAUGAUUAUGCUAAAAAACAUAAUCUUAUUAAUGAUCCAAAUGUACAAGAGAGUAAAAAUAAACAAAUUGAGGAAGCUCAAAGACGAAAACAAAUUUAUCGUGGAAAACGUCAACCAAUAAAUGAUUUAAGUGGAAAAACAGUUAUAUUAGUCGAUGAUGGAUUAGCUACAGGUGCAACAAUGAAAUCAGCUAUACAUACUUGUAAGCAUUUGAAUGCUAAAUCAAUAAUUGUUGCUGUUCCAUGUGGUCCUGCUGACACUAUCGAGGAAAUUCGUCCAUCAGUUAAUAAAAUAAUAUGUCUGACAAUACCACAUAAUUAUUAUGCUGUUGGACAAUGUUACAAUUCAUUCUCACAAACAACUGAUGAAGAAGUUGUUCAAGUCAUGAAAAAAUAUCAAGAUUUAACUAAUACAAAUACUCAACGGAGUUAA